UUUUUUAAAUUUAGUUAGCUUCAUGAAAUUAAUCUAUUAUUUAAUUCUUUUGGAAUUUCAAAUUUUAUGUUCUGCUAUUUAUUUGGACCAAAUUGGCAAAUUUGAUUGUCACGCUAUUUAGGAUGCCCAACUCAAACUUGGUUCGAAAGGAUUGGGUCGCAUGAUAUUUUGGCAGUAACAACGAAUAUGAAUGUUCUUGGACGAAUUAGCGUCGAAAAUGGAGAUAUUCUUUGGAGACAGUUGAACGACAAAAAAAUAGAUUUUCUUAUUGUUGAUAGGUCAUCGCUCAUUAUAAAUGUUGGACAAAAACGUCGCAAAUUCGAUUUACAUACAGGAGCAUUUUUAUCAGAAAAUGAGAAGAGUACAACUUCAGAAUUGAAACAAAAGUCUAGAGAGAAUGGGCUUUUUAAGUCACAUUUUGAUUCAGCUACAGGCGAUGUAGAGAUUAGAGGCGAAAAUGAAGAACAUACAAGGUUCAAAAUACGUUUGGACAAUUCUGGUGCUGAUAUUAAGGAAAUAAAAGUUCUCCCACUUUCAGAAGGAAAUUACAAGAUUCUUGUCGAGCGUAUUGAUUGUUCUCUUGCUUUAUACGAAUUUUCUCAAACAAAUAAAUCUUUAGCUCAAAUCUGGAUUCGCCACGAAUCUUUAUCUAUGAUUAGCGAUGUUCUUAUGGUUGAUUUUCCUCUUUCUGAAUCACAAGCACAGAUUGAGUCGGAAUUUAAUCAAAAUGAGUCCGUCUUGCGAUCUUUCCUACUUCGAAUUCGUAGUCAAUUAGAACAACUUCACAGAUUUUUCCUAAAAACAUCUGAAAAUAUUGCCGAAACAAUAGAUUUAAUAUUCAAAGGAGAGCUUGGCAUUUCCACUGUUAUUAAACAAAUUUUUAAUCAAGCAGAUCGUUCAAAAGAUGCUCCAAUUGAAAGAGAUUAUUUUAAUAUGAGAAAAAUGAUUGUUGUUAGUACACUUGCAGGAACAUUACAUGGAUUGGACAGUGGAAAUGGACGUUUAAUUUGGACUUAUUAUUUGGGAAAUAAAUUUGCUGCCUAUAAAAAAUAUAAAGCUCCUUUAUUUCUAUUAAGAGGUACUUCAUUCUAUCAAUGGGCUAGUCAAGCUGCUGUUGUUUUUAAUUCCAAGGAUUCUGCUGAUUCUUUUAUUUUAAUAUUCAAUCCAAUUACUGGAAAAUUGGUUGAAAAAUUUAAAAUUUCUGGAGGAAUUUUUCGUGUUGAAUUAUGGCCUUCCGUUAAUGCUGAACAACUCCACUCUUUAUUAAUUUUGCGUAAUAAUAAUCCAAAUAAAGCAGAGCUUAUACCGUCUAUCAAAGACCAAAAUUUUGAAAAUUCAAAACCCGUUUUUCUUUGUAUGAUUGAUGAAAAUUCUGGAAUUUUGACAGGAAAUGAAGUAAAUUUAAACAAAAAUGGAUUGGUUAGUAAACGUUGGCAAUCUACUUUGCCUGGUUUUGGCGAUUCUGAAAGGGCUAAUGAUAUUAUCCAAAUCAUUAAAGGGAAGGAUAUCAACGAAAAAGUACAUAGUCAAGGUAGAGUUCUUGGUGAUCGUUCUGUUCUUUACAAAUAUUCGAAUCCAAAUUUAAUUGCAAUACUUUCUUCAAAUCCUGUCGAAUCUUUGCUUAGGAUUAAUUUAAUUGAUUCUGUUAGUGGUAUUUUGGUUUAUAGUGGAAAAUACGCGAGAGCAAAUCCUCCUUUUCAUAUGGUUCAUUGUGAGAAUUGGAUUGUGAUAAGUUAUUGGAAUGAUAAAGCAAGGAGAACAGAAAUUGGUGUUAUUGAGUUAUUUGAAGGACUUCAACAAGUAAAUUCAAGUGCCUUUAAUUCGUUAUCUGCUAGUGUAAAUUCACCCAUGGUGCUUGCACAAACUUAUAUUUUCCCUCAAGGAAUAAGUGCAAUUUCUACAACACAAACAAUGCAAGGAUUAACUUCCAGAAGUAUUUUGAUUGCUCUUCCAUCUGGAGGAAUUUUAGAAAUGUCUAGGAGAUUUUUAGAUGCUCGGAGACCCUUGGAAAUGUUGCCAGAACAUAGAGAGGAGAUGCUUAUUCCAUACAUUCCAGAAUUACCUUUUGCUACUGAAGAUUUUAUAAAUUAUAAUCAAACGGCCAUGAGAGUUCGAGAAAUUAGAUCAGCACCGUCAGGGCUUGAAUCAAGUUCACUUAUUUUUGUAUUUGGAUUAGAUCUCUUUUACACCCGUGUUAUGCCGAGUGGAACAUUUGACAUUCUGAAGGACGAUUUCGAUUAUGCUUUCAUUUUUCUUGUUAUGGUAUUUUUGACUGUUGCCAGUUAUAUUUGCAAGAGGAUAUCUCGACAUCAAAGUAUUCAAAAAGCCUGGGAAUGA